AGAGCUUAUUGCGAGCGGAGGAUGAUGUGCGAGGAGGCAACCGCGCGGCCCAGCGUCGGCUUUGGGCUCCUCUGGAAGUUUCCCAGCGAAGGCUCCAACAGCGCCGACGCGGGUGGCUCCUUUCCACGCCGAUGCGAUUGCUGCGGCGACGCCUGGGUCACGUCGCUCGACGACUUCGAGCGCCACGCCGAGACGUGUCGUGGCACCCGCCGUCCCCGCCGCCUCGAACUGGGCGCACCGCGCCAGUAUUGGUGCGAGAUUGCGGCGAGUAGCCUCGAGUGGCGCGAGGCUGCGCACGCGCUCCAGGACGAGCACAACCAGGUGCCGUUUACGACGGUGGUGCGGGUCGCGCCGCUCGACGACGACUGCUUCCAGGUCGUCACGUUGCAGAGCUGCGUCACCUUUCGCGCCGAGUCGCACGACGAGCGCAACGCGUGGAUCAGCGCGCUCGGCGAAGCCAUUUUCUGCCUCGGUGCGCCGCCGGGUGCGGAGGUGACAGAAGCCAUUGGCGCCUGCCUCCGAAGGGGCGGUGACGUCGACGAGCUGGAAGCGAUCGUGCAGUCGCACCCGGCCGCCAUCACCAACACUGACAUCGACGGCAACUCGGUGCUGCUCGUCGCGUGCAAGAUGGGUGCUCCGUUCGACGUAUUCCGCCUGCUGCUGCACUACGGUGCCGACGCUUACGCAGCCAACGCCAAGUGA